AUGCCUACAUCAUCACCCGACUCGCCAGUCGCCGACUCUCCCAUCCCCAUCUUGACGACGGUCCGCGAUUAUCGAGCAUGGCGUGCACAGGCCACGAGCGACGGCAAGUCGGUCGGCUUCGUCGCAACCAUGGGCGCUCUCCACGAUGGCCACCUCAAACUCGUUCAGGCAUCUCUGCAAGAGAAUGACUACACUGUCGUCUCGAUCUUUGUCAAUCCUGCUCAAUUUGCCCCUACCGAAGACCUGGCUUCCUAUCCGCGAACGGUGCAGGCCGACAUUGCCAAGCUCGCUUCGUUGUCCGACAACGUUUCGCAGUCAGAUCGACGAGUCAAUGUAGCGUUCGUACCAAGUGUCAAGGAGAUGUAUCCCAACGGCUUCACACAAGUAGUGGCAGAUCAGAUCGGCGCAUUCGUAGAGGUCAAGGGUCUUAGCCACCAGAUGGAGGGAGGAAGUAGGCCGACAUUCUUCCGCGGAGUAGCUACCGUCGUCACCAAGCUCUUCCACAUCAUUCAGCCCGACAAAACGUAUUUCGGACAGAAGGACAUUCAGCAGUCCAUUGUACUGCGUCGUCUAGUCUCGGACCUCGUCUUUUCACAUCCGCCGUCACCCGAAUCCCUUCGCGUCAUACCCACGGGUCGCGAUCCAAACGACAAUCUCGCACUCAGCAGUCGUAACGCCUACUUGACGCCAGACUCGCGUCAAGUCGCGCCUGUACUCUACCGCGCACUCAAGACGGGACAGGAUAUCUGGGAGCAAUCGCAUUGGACGGAUGCAAACAAGGAGGAGCGCAUCAGAGUGACUCUAGAUCGCGCAAGAGCUGUUGUAUUGGAACGAGCGGAAAAAUGUUGUCAGGAUGGACGAGGUGUGGAUCUCAAGCUGGACUACAUUUCGCUCAACCACCCAAAAACGCUCGAGAAUCUGGAGCAAGUGCUGGCGGAAAAGGGUGCGGAGGCGGUCGACGUGAGUCAAGGUGCCAUCUUCAGCGGUGCUGCGUUAGUCAGUCAAGGCAAGGACGGCAAGGUGACAAGGCUCAUCGAUAAUCUCUUGCUAGGUUUCACUCUUUAG